AGCAGUCAGUUAGUUAUGUGUGAACAAGUGUGUGUCAGUGGGGGUAGUGGAUGCAUCUGACUCAGCUCUCAUUUUGACUGGUAACUCCUGGACCAUUUUCACGCAGACACGAGUCAGAAUGUUUUCUGGAAGGACAAUCAAGCUUAUCCUGUAUGAGCUGUUGGAGUUUGCAUGUCUGUGUGUGCCUGUGCUUGUAGUUCUAGAGCGAUUUGCAUCGCUUAUGAUGUCUGUGAAAUGCAACGACACUACUGUUUACUGGUUGGUGGUAGCAGCUUCCAUAGCCUAUGUGACCACUGUGUCUCUGCUUGUUUGGGCGCCACUGAAGUUUUUUAUCCUGAAGUCCAGGGGGUUGUUUAAAGACGUUACUAACUGGAGACCUGUGACUCUCGCUCACACACUUCUCUGCACGCUACCGUGUUUUGCCAUUCUUAUUGCCAGCUCGAAGGUUCAGUUGGACAACGAAAUUUUAUAUGACCACUUUAGUGAGCUUCCUGUCUCACUGGUGCUCUUUGCCCUCAUCUGCAUGGACAUUAUAGAGAGAGUUCGUCCAUACCGCCUGACAGGAAAAGCAGGUAAUCUGUACCUUGAGGCUCCUGGUCCUGUUCUGACUCACCUGGAGCAGGUGUCCACUGUGUCAUCGCACCUGCAAAGUAACAGAGCUGCAAAUGGCUCACCACUGAGGUCAGAGGUCAUGAGUACAUCACCAUCAGGACGCUGGGUAGAUACGGAUAGCAUCUCACGGUCUUCCAGUAUGGCCUAUUUGUACUCCUCCCACUCUGAUUCAGGCUUUUUCCGUUUCAUCUGUUUUCGAGACCCUCGCCAUGAGCUCUUCCUGGAGACAUUUAUUUUCUGGCUGGACACAGUGGAGAUGAUAAGAGUGGCUGGGGUUCAGGAUGUCUACAACUCAAACUGGGUCUUUCCUAUAUACAUCCUAAGCUUUUUCUCCAUUCUGCGUGUGGUUGUAACUCCUAAAAGUCCAUUGCUGACUUGUUUAGGAGCGGUAACACAGGAGCUACCCUUCCUGGUUUUACGGCUCUGUCUGGUGAAUAUCUUUGGUUACGUGACUCCGAUACUCUACAUCAUGAAGAACCUGCUCUCAUGCCUAACUUUUGUUUACUUUCACUUCUUGACCAAGUUGAAGGUGUUCAGCAGAGGAAGUAUGUUCUGAAACAACUGGAGGGGAAGCUACACAGGACCAUUUUAGGGUAAAGACAUGUAUGGGGUGGAUAUUAACAAUGACUAGUAGCACUGAACACAUUCUUUUUUUAUUCACAUUACUCCAGAAAUGACAAAGUAGUAAUGUGGGUCCACACAUAUUUUUGUUGUUGUUUUAGUUGUUGUUGUUUAUUUGUACGUUUUUUUAAGUAACUAUUGCAAGCAUAUGUUUCUGUAUAUAAUUCAUAAUGGCAGAAUUGAAAUUGAAUUGAAAUUGAUCAAUUGAAAUAUCAAUUUAUUGAUUAAUUGCUAUUAAUCUUAAUGCACUACUAAUGCAGAGUUUGUUUUUAAGGACAUUGAUGCUAAACACAUUCGUCAGAAGAACAAUACCAAUAUUUUAGCUAUAGUCGGGUCCAUAAAUAGUUGAACAUUAAGAAAGGUCUUAUUUAAGGUAUAUCUCUCUCAGUGUAUUGAAGCUGAUUCCAUCCAUCCAUCCAUCCAUCCAUCCAUCCAUCCAUCCAUCCAUCCAUCCAUCCAUCCAUCCAUCCAUCCAUCCAUUCUUUACAGCACUUAUCCUACUUUUCAGUGCCCAGGAGUCUCUGGGGACAAAAGCAGGGUACUCUGUAUAUAACAGUGCACAAUCAUACACGCACUCACAACCUACAGACACUUUAGAGAUUCAACCUACAAUGCAUGUCUUUGUCCUGGGGAGGAAACUCCAUACAGAGAACAGUUGAACAGUUUUUUAGGAACGCUAUAUUUAUUCUGGUUAGAGCCUCUCUCUGCUCACAAAUCAACCUUAAUUCUGCAAGAAUAAAUGACAUAAAAGAAUUCCAUAAGAUUUUGGAAGAAUUUCUUUGAUAUUCUGGUCCAUACUGAUAUGUUUGCAUCACACAAUUCCUCAUAUCACAUCUUUCAUACUGUGAAUCUUAUACCACAUCCCAAAUGGGGAUGGAUUCAGAUUUAGAUGCAGUCACUGGAAAGAACAUUUUAUCAUGCUUAAUGUAGCCAUUAGAAGAUGAUAAAUUGUGGUCAUGAAGGGAUGCACAUUUACAGCAACAAGACUCUAUAGACUGGAACGUUUAAGUGAUGAUUUAUUGGUAUUAGCAGCUCCAAAGAGUGCUAUGAAAACUUACUCUAUUACCUCACCUCCACCAGCCUGGAUUUCAGACACAAGGCAGGUUGGACACAUUGUGUCCCGCUGUUCAUUCGAGAAUGACUCGAUGUGAAGGUAAUACUAAAAGAAAAAGUGCUCAACGAUUAGAAAAACUUUCAAAUUAAAAUCAUAUUCAUUACUUAAUUUCACUUAUAAUAUUCUGUGGUAGAUAUAAUAUCAUAAUAACUUUGUAAAUGUCUGAAUAUUAAAGGACCUUACUGUAUUUUGGUGGUGAAAGGAGAUGAAUUAAAGAAUGAAUAAUGUCAAGGUGAUUUAUAAGCUACAAACUAUACGCUGAAAAAGGUCAGACUCUUCUAAACAGUAGUUUACUGUACUGUGUUACUACACAACACUUAUGAUUAACAGCAAAUAUGUUUCCCCUC